CGGAAUUCUACGGGUCUCGACAGUUCCACGCUGACUUUUCCAUUGAGCGGUAUGUUGGUUAAAAUUCUCCUAGUCGUAGGACUCUUUAACUUGGCUCGGUGCGUUGAGCAAGUGCGAUAUGAUAACUACAAGGUGUACAAUGUGAGGAUCGAUGAUCUGGCGCAGUUUAAGCUGCUUAACUCUCAGGAGAAGUCCUUGCAGCUCAGCAGUUGGCGCGAGGCUCGUCACCUGGGCGAAUCCUCCGACGUAAUGCUGCCUCCUCAAUACCAGGAGGCAUUUGAAAGCCUCUUGACCACACAUAAUUUCACGUAUAGACUGAAGAUCGAUAAUGUUCAGUUGCACAUCGAUGCGCAGAGACCCAAACAGCGUAUUACUUCCAUGGAGUGGACACAGUUUCACACUCUGGACGAAAUCUACGCCUGGUUGGAUGUGAUCGAGGAUCGUUAUCCGGAUAUCGUCACACCCUUUACCAUUGGCAACUCACACGAGGGCAGACCGAUUCGAGGUGUUAAAAUCUCAUACAAAGAGGGUAAUCCCACAGUAUUCAUAGAGUCAAAUAUACAUGCACGCGAGUGGAUUACGUCGGCGACGAUCACCUAUUUCAUCGAUGAAUUGCUGGUGCCCCGUAACCCGGCAGUCAGGGAUAUAGCGCAGAAUGUAGACUGGUACAUCAUUCCCGUUCUCAAUACAGAUGGCUUUGUCUAUUCGCAUGAAGUGGAACGUCUUUGGCGAAAGUCUCGUCUGAAUUCGGAUCCCACGGGAACGUGCAUUGGAACUGAUCUCAAUCGCAACUUUGAUUACCUCUGGAUGUUGACUGGAGCUGACUCGGAUCCCUGUUCACAAUUGUAUGCUGGUCCUUCGGCAGAAUCAGAUCCCGAGAUCAGCCAACUAACAGCCUAUAUAAACAACUCCAUACCUGAAGGCGCCAUAAAGAUCUACAUCUCAUUGCAUUCCUAUGGACAAUAUGUCCUUUCGCCGUGGGGACACACCGCUCUGGAGUUCCCCGAACAUUAUCCCCAAAUGAUGCACGUGGCCAAAGGCUUUUCGGAUGCUCUUUAUAGAAGAUAUGGCACGGUAUUCACCUAUGGAUCCAGUGCUACCACACUAUAUGAAGUUUCUGGUUCGGGCAAGGAAUGGGCCUAUGCGGUGAAGAACAUUAAGAUACCCUAUACCAUAGAGCUGCGCGAUAAGGGCGAGUUGGGCUUCGUCCUGCCACCGGAGGAUAUUCUUCCAGUGGCACGCGAGGUGACCGAAGGAUUCGUGGGCAUGAUAGCCGCUGCACGCGAAAUCGAUAUAUUGUAGUUUAUAAAAAAUUUUAAAGAAAAUGGAUCAAAAACCAUAAACAACAAAUGAAUUUUUAGACA